GCAGGUUUCGUGCUGACAACUUGAACAAGCUGAAGAACCUUUGCAGCAAAACCAUCGGAGACAAGAUGAAGAAGAAGGAGCCAGUGGGGACGGAUGAGUCUGUUCCAGAGAGUGUGCAGAACCUCGACGAGCUCACAGCUGAUGUCCUGGGGGCCCUGCAGGUUUCCCAGAUCAAGCGGCUGCGGCUGCUGAUCGACCAGGCCAUCCUGGAGUGCGACGCCGAGCGCCUCAGGCUGGAGGCAGAACGGUUUGAGAGCCUGAGGGAGAUUGGGAACCUGCUCCACCCCUCUGUGCCCAUCAGCAACGACGAGCCCAUCGUGGCUGGUAGCCGGGGCUACUUCCUGAAGGGUCCCCUGGUGUUCCUGGAGCAGGCCCUGAUCCAAUUUGCCCUGCAGAGCCUCCGUGCCAGGGGCUACACCCCCGUCUACACCCCCUUCUUCAUGCGCAAGGAGGUGAUGCAGGAGGUGGCCCAGCUCAGCCAGUUCGACGAGGAGCUCUACAAGGUGAUUGGCAAAGGCAGUGAGAAGGCAGAGGACAGUUCCAUCGAUGAGAAGUACCUGAUUGCCACCUCAGAGCAGCCCCUGGCUGCCCUGCACCGCGACGAGUGGCUGAAGCCCGAGGACCUGCCCCUCAAGUACGCGGGGUUGUCCACCUGCUUCCGCCAGGAGGUGGGUUCCCAUGGCCGUGACACUCGUGGCAUCUUCCGUGUCCACCAGUUUGAGAAGAUCGAGCAGUUUGUCUACGCCUCCCCCCACGACAACAAGUCCUGGGAGAUGUUUGAGGAGAUGAUGGCCACAGCUGAGGAGUUCUACCAGGCCCUGGGCAUCCCCUACCACAUUGUCAACAUUGUCUCAGGCUCCCUCAACCACGCUGCCAGUAAGAAGCUGGACCUGGAGGCCUGGUUCCCUGGCUCCGGCGCCUUCCGUGAACUGGUUUCCUGCUCCAACUGCACCGACUACCAGGCCCGGCGCCUGCGCAUCCGCUACGGCCAGACCAAGAAGAUGAUGGACAAGGUGGAGUUUGUCCACAUGCUCAAUGCCACCAUGUGUGCCACCACCCGCACCAUCUGCGCCAUCCUGGAGAACUACCAGACCGAGGAGGGCAUCCGUGUCCCUGAGAGGCUCCAAGACUUCAUGCCCCCAGACCUGCGGGAGCUGAUCCGCUUCGUCAAGCCGGCCCCCAUCGAGCAGGAGCUCUCCAAGAAGCAGAAGAAACAGCAGGAGGGGGGCAAGAAGAAAACGGGGGGGGGCAACCAGCAGGUGCUGGAGGAGCAGAUGCAGAACAUGGGGGUCAACAGCUCCUGA